AUGCGCACCCUGGGAACUGCUUGCCUCAUCCCGACGCGUCAAAUCAUCAUGUUUCACGUUUUCACGAAUGUAUACCGUCACUGCAGGCAAACCACAACGCAAUACCCGGGCAUUUGGGACACGCAACUCCUGCUGCAUCACGACCCGAGCUCACGCCAAACCUCAUACGAAUACAGCGAAAUGUACAGGAAUGCUACUUCAGUGAGCGAGUGGGAUGGGAAGGAAUGCGUCGCGUGGGCCAGCAGCGUGUGUCGCCGUCGGGGCCUCGACCAGAGCGCCGUGGAUCUCUACUUCUUCGGGACUCUUAGCGGCGGCCUCCUGCUUCAGUUCUCCCCGCAGGACUUCAGUAUUCGUCUGGGAAACGCUGUUGGCAGGAUGUUUUACGAAGAGUUGCAGGACCUCGUUCACAAACAUGAAUAUAUAAGAGAGAGCGACAGCCACGACUCUGGCGACGAAGCCCCCCUCGUCGUCGACCUGAGCCAACAGAGCUACUCGUGCGACUUCGACCCCGAGCUGUCGCAGCCCAUCGACCUGAGCAAGCGGUGCUCCCCGGCGGGCCAGGGCAGCGGCAGGGGCGAAGGGGGCGACGCGCACCACCUGACUGCGUGUUUCAAGGCGGACGACAUCGAGGUCGCGUCUUCGGGCUCGGUGGAUGAGGAAGGACAGCCUGACACGUACUUGAACAGAAUAUCAACCAAUAGAAGAAGACACCGCGGCCCCAAGAGCUGGGAAUUCCUGAUGCGUCUGCUGGCCGACGAACGAACGAACCCGUCGGUGAUCAAGUGGGAGGACCAAUCAGCUGCGACCUUCAGGCUGAUCCAACCCCAUUACAUCGCCAAGCUGUGGGGCAAGCGAUCGGGCAGACCGGAACUCACCUACAACAACUUCGCCCGGGCCUUGAGGUACCACUACAAGAAAGGCCAGUUGGUCAAGGUAUCAGAAAGGCAGCUGGUGUACGGUUGCGGACCAGACGCGCUCCUCUUCGUGAACCAUCUGCUGAACCACGAGAGACCAGCUGAAGAGACCAGGGGUUUGAACCACGAGAGACCAGCUGAAGAGACCAUGGGUUUGAACCACGAGAGACCAGCUGAAGAGACCAAGGGUUUCAGAGACGCCUCGUAUAGUGGUCUGAAGAGCUGAAUGUUACCCACUGAAAUAGUGUUGUUUUUUCCCGUUUUUUUAUACUGCGUUGUAAUGCGAUAGUGAUGCUGAUAAUGAUGAAGGUGAACAGUAUCAUUAUUUUUUGCUGUAGAGGAGCGAUGCCGUGAGCUAUGGAGUUGCGAAUAAUAUUGUCGACUGUAAUUGUCUGAAAAUAUUUAUUGCCCAGUUUCAACGGCGUCUUGGUGUUGUUGUGUUGUGUGUGUGUGGUGUGUGUGUGUGUGUGUGUGUGCUGUGUCUGUGUGUGUGUGUUGUGUGUGUGUGUGUGUGUGGUGUGUGUGUGUGUGUGUGUGUGUGUGUGUGUGUGUGUGUGUGUGUGUGAUUGUGUGAUGUGUAUUGUAUUGUUUUCUACAUAUACGCUUAAAAUGCAUUUUCCUAAAUAAUUUUCUUCGUUUUUUUUCCCAUGUGCGUGGUCUUUUUCAUGUAAGCAAAAUAAAAGUAAGCGUUUUGCAUGAAAGCGAGAUCUUCAUAUGCUGCAAAUGCAUCCCGUGCCUAGAAGCUUUGCAGAAACCUCUUCAAUUGUCGAUUAGAUAUUUUUGUCAGAUGAUACCAAAUUCUGACAUAAACGUUAUGCUUCCAUCUGUAAGACCACUAAGAAUAUUUAAUAAAAUA